AGACCGUCAUCAUGGUAUUAGCGGGACUAGGCAGGCAGCUGAAUAGUGCCUUGAAUUCAUUCAAUAAAUCCCAAGUGAUAGAUGAGAAGACGUUAGACGGUUUACUCAAGGAAAUUUCAAAAGCCUUGCUAGAAUCUGAUAUAAACGUAAAGUUAGUAGGAAACCUUCGUAAUAGAGUUAAAACACGUGCUCUCAAAGAGUUUAAAGAUACAAAUGCCAGCGGAAAUCAACAGAAGCAGAUAGUACAAAAAGCAAUAUUCGACGAACUUGUCGCGUUGGUUGAUCCGCAGGAGGAGCCAUACAAGCCUACCAAGGGCAAGACCAACAUUAUUAUGGCAGUCGGUCUUCAGGGUGCCGGUAAGACGACUUCUUGUACAAAGCUGGCAGUACACUACCAAAGGAAGGGUUUCAAAGUUGGUUUAGUCUGUGCAGAUACUUUCAGAGCUGGUGCAUUCGAUCAGCUUAAGCAGAACGCCACGAAGGCCAAAAUCCCGUUCUAUGGUUCAUACACUGAGACAGACCCUGUUGUUAUCUCGGAAGCAGGUGUCCAACAGUUCAAGAAAUCAAAGUUUGAUGUCAUCAUCGUCGAUACCUCCGGUAGACACAAGCAGGAGGAAGACUUGUUCGAGGAGAUGCGCAUGAUCAGUCAGGCUGUGAAGCCACAUAUGACUGUCUUGGUUAUGGACGGUGCUAUGGGUCAAGCAGCAGAGUCUCAAGCUAGCGCUUUCAAGGAGAGCUCCGACUUUGGUGCUAUUAUUGUCACAAAAAUGGAUGGUCACGCCAAAGGUGGUGGUGCUAUAUCUGCCGUUGCAGCUACAAAGACGCCAAUUAUUUUCAUCGGUACUGGUGAGAACCUUCACGAUAUUGAUACCUUCAGACCGCGUCCAUUUGUCCAACAACUUCUUGGUAUGGGCGACAUGCAAGGUCUCCUCGAACAUGUCCAGGAUGUGGCAAUGUCUGACCCAGACAAGCAAAAGGAGCUUGCGAAGAAGUUCGAACAAGGUAGUUUGAGCAUAAGAGACUGGGCAGAACAGAUCAAGAACGUCACUAAGCUCGGUCCAAUUAGCAAAAUUGCUGGUAUGAUACCUGGAUUGAACGCCGAUAUGAUUGGACAGGGUGGCGAUGAUGAAGCCAGCAAGAGAAUAAAGAGGAUGUUGUUCAUCACUGACAGUAUGACCGAGAAGGAGCUGGAUAGCAAUGGCACGAUUUUCUUGCGCAAGGGCAAAGAUGGCAAGUUUGUAGGAAUGAGCAGGCGUGCAUUGAGAGUUGCCAGAGGAUCGGGAACAAGCGUGCGUGAAGUCGAAGAGUUAUUGGUACAAUACACUAUGAUGAAGAGUGGUAUUCUCAACAUGAUGAAAGGACAAGCGGGAGGUAUGAAACCAGGACAACCAGGUAUGCCAUCCAGAGACCAAAUACAACAAAUGCAGAAGAUGAUGCCACCGCAGCUACUCCAGAAAUUGAGAAGCGGUGGUGGACCAGAGAUACUUCAGCAACUUCAACGCGGCCAAAUUCCAAAAGGCAUGGAUCCCGAGAUGAUGGAGAAAAUGGCCCAGCAAAUGGGCAUGAAUCCAAAUGCUAUGGGCGGUAUGCCACAGCUGCCCGGAAUGGGUGCUGGCGGUGCUGGCUUCAACCCAGCCUCGAUGCUCGGUGGUAUGGAUUUCUCAAAGAUGGCCGGCAUGUUUGGCGGUGGAAGAUAGACAUAUUGCAUUGUACACAUUUGUAUUUCAUAGCUCAUUUUGCUAUUUAUCCUUUAUUGUCUGCCGCGUAGUAAGCGAAGCCAUUCCGCAAUGACGCGAAAGGCUUAUCAAACGUAAGCGAAACUGGUCCGCUAUAUAGCGAAUGAUUUUAAAUUAAAUUACGCGCCCACUUAAACACUUAGCCCCAAACCAAACGCAUCCUUAACUAUCAACAACGAUGAGCUUAGCACAACUUGCAUCAUUCAAGAUACCGGCUAUUGAAGUAAGUGCUGCUGUAUAGCUAGAGUAUUGCGCUGACAUACCGAAGAAUGAAAACAUGAAGAACUACCCAGCAAACUCCUCUGAGAGAGCUGCAUUGACAGCUGCAUUGGAUGAAGUUGCUGCUACCUUCCCACAAUCCGUCCCAGUCGUCAUCAACGGUGAGAGACAGAAGUCUGGAUUGAACAGCACUGGCAAACAACUCAACCCAAGCCAACACUCACAAGUAGUGGCCACAUACGAGGAGGCGAGUGACGCACAAGUUGAUGCAGCAAUCCAAGGCGCACUCGACGCUAAGAAGUCCUGGGAAGCUGUCCCGUGGAACGACAAAGCAGCUAUCUUCUUAAAGGCAGCUGACCUCAUCUCAACUAAAUAUAGAUACACUCUUAUGGCUGCAACUAUGCUUGGUCAAGGUAAAAAUACUUGGCAAGCAGAGAUUGAUGCUGCUGCAGAGCUCGCAGAUUUCUUAAGAUUCGGUGUCAAGUAUGUCGAAGAAAUGUAUGCUGUACAACCACCAAAGAAUGCACCAACAGUCUGGAACCGCACGGAAUACAGACCACUCGAGGGAUUCGUUUUGGCUGUAUCACCAUUCAACUUUACUGCUAUCGGUGGUAAUCUUCCAGCCGCACCUGCUUUAGUUGGCAACACUGUCGUUUGGAAGCCAUCACCUAUGGCCUCAUUGUCAAACUAUAUCGUCUACCAGAUUCUUGAAGAGGCUGGUCUUCCAAAGGGUGUCAUUCAAUUUGUUCCUGGUCCUCCAGCUGAGAUUGUCGGUCGCGCUAUCAACAAUCCAAACUUUGCUGCUUUACAUUUCACUGGAUCAACACACGUAUUUAAGAACCUCUGGAAGAACAUUUCUAACAACUUGGAUCUUUACAAGGGUUACCCUCGUAUUGUUGGUGAGACUGGUGGUAAAAACUUCCACUUGGUACACAAUUCAGCGCCAAUCAAGCCAACUGUGGUGCAAACUAUCAGAGCAGCAUUCGAAUACCAAGGACAAAAGUGCAGUGCAUGCUCAAGACUCUAUGUACCAGCUUCAUUGUGGAAGAACGGCUUCGAAAAGGAGUUGGUCGAACAAGUUAACAGUAUCACAGUUGGAAAGGUGCAAGAAUGGAACCACUUCAUGGGCCCAGUUAUUAACAAGCCUGCAUUUGACAAGAUCACAGGAUACAUCAAGAAGGCCCAAGAGGUUGGUGAUAAGGUUAUCGCUGGUGGUACCGGUGAUGACAGUGAGGGUUACUUCGUUAAACCAACCGUUAUCUUGACUACCAACCCAAAGACAGUCACCAUGACAGAGGAAAUCUUCGGUCCUGUUAUCACAGCAUAUGUUUAUGAGGACGAUGACUAUGAAAAGACCGCAGAGCUUGUCGACCAGACGACAACAUAUGCACUCACUGGUGCUCUCUUCGCUAGAGACAGAGCGGCACUCAUUAAGGGACAAGCUAUUCUCCGUAACUCAGCUGGCAACUUCUACCUCAACGAUAAGUGCACAGGUGCAGUCGUUGGUCAACAGCCAUUCGGUGGUGCUAGAGCAUCCGGUACAAACGACAAGGCAGGUGCCCCAUCACUUUUCUCUAGAUUCGUCAGCGCAAGAUCAAUUAAGGAGACAUUUGUCGAGCCAACCGACUACCGCUACCCAUCCAACUACUAGUUUAUGUUAUAAAUGAAAUGUAUUGUAUGAUGUAAAUAUUUGAUUUCUUUUGGUAUA